AUGGAGGUCGCGGAGAAGCCUGGUUCUCUGUCUCCCUUCAAAAUUCAAAUCUCUCCCGACAAAUGGAAUCGCUUAGUUGAUCUGGUCCGACUCUCACCACUUCCUCCUCCGACAUUCGAAGGAAAGGACCCCAAAUUCGGCAUUCAAAAUGAAUACAUGGAGAAUGCCAAAAGAGAGUGGCAGACCUUUGAUUGGAAAGCGCACGAGGAAAAGCUUAACGAAUUGCCACAAUUCAUUGCAGAGGUGGAAGACAAACAUGGAGAACUCUUCCAAAUCCACUUUGUAGGAUAUUUCACCAAGAAUCCGAAAGCAAAGUCUAUUAUCCUUUUGCAUGGUUGGCCAGGCUAUAUGUUUUCGUCUGGGCCUCCGCUUGACAAAGACUUCAAGAUAGAGGAUGUGGCAUUCUUGAUGAACGGCUUGAUGACCCAACUGGGUUAUAGUUCCCAGAACGGAGGCUAUCUCGCUCAGGGUGGUGAUAUUGGAAGUGAAUCUUACUCGUUAAUCCAAGUGACAAUGGACUUUGCUCCAUUUUCUCGUUCUAGCGACAGUCAACUUACGCCAGCCGAAGAGAAAGGGCUCGCUCGUGGAGAAUGGUUUCGUGCCAACGGAGCAGCAUACGCAUUCGAACAUGGUACACGGCCGAGUACUAUAAGUCAUGUUUUAGCGAGCAGCCCGCUGGCACUGCUGGCAUGGUUUGACUCCCACUCCUGA